AUGUGCUACAAGGGACCAUUCGCGGACGGAAACUACGAGGUGACCAUCAUGACCAAGGCCAUCCUGCACCAUACGGGCAAGGUGGUCUGGAAGCCCCCCGCCAUCUACAAGAGCUUCUGCGAGAUCGACGUCGAGUACUUCCCCUUCGACGAGCAGACUUGUUUCAUGAAGUUCGGCUCGUGGACGUACGACGGUUACAUG